UAUAUGCAUCUAUGAUUUCUAAAAUAGGGUCAAAGAGAAUCAGAUUGGUGUUGUACUUGUUAUUCAUUAAUAUUUACAACAGGUCCUGUUGCUGGUAAAGAAUUAAUUGUACAAGUAACAAAUACAGGUGGUGAUCUUGGUGAAAAUCAUUUUGAUCUUCAAAUGCCUGGUGGUGGCGUAGGUCUUUUUGAUGGGUGUUCAAAACAAUUUCCUGAAGUUAGUAAACCUUUAUGGGGUCAACAAUAUGGUGGUAUUAGUCAACGAUCACAAUGUAACAAUUUACCAGCUUCCUUACGACCUGGUUGUUUUUGGAGAUUUGAUUGGUUUCAAAAUGCUGACAAUCCAAAAAUGACUUUCAAAGAAGUUCCAUGUCCAACUGCUCUUACAGCAAAUACACAAUGUGUUAGAAGAUAG